AGCCUUCCCGGCCACAUGUGCACCAGAAUCUAUGUGACUCCACCUCGGAGCAGGCUCAGAUCCCCACACACGGAGGAGACCAUGGGAGGGACGGCACGGGAGAGCCCGGAGGACUGCCGCUUUCUGGACGCAGCAGCAUCCAAGACACGAAGGAAGACCUGCACCAGAUACCAGAUCUGCGGACUGCUCUUCAGCGUGCUGCUCCUUUCCCUUAUUCUGAUAUUCUUUGGUGUCAAGUAUCUCUGGAACUCAACACCCAGAAAAGUUUAUGACAUGGAACACACAUUCUUCAGCCAUGGAGAGAAGAAGAAGAUCAUGAUGGAGAUUGACCCACUGGCCAAGACGGAGACCUUCAGGAGCGGGAAUGGCAGUGAGGAAAUCCUGGAGAUCCAUGACUUCAAAAACGGGAUAACUGGCAUUUUCUUCGUGGGACUUCAAAAAUGUUUCAUCAAAACGCAGACUAAAGUCUUACCUGAGACAACAGAGGCCAAGAUCCCUGAGCUUGAGGGAGAAGAAAUCACGACCACUUACUUUGAGCAGUCCGUGGUCUGGGUGCCUGGGGAAAAGCCCAUUCAGAACAAGGAGUUUCUGAAGAGCUCCAAAAUUUUUGACAUCUGCAGAAACAUGACCAUCUACUGGAUCCACCCCACACCAAUAGCAGCUGCUGAGCUGGCCAGCCCUGAAGGAGCAGAAGAAGACCUUGAGCUGCUCAUAGACAACCAGAGCUGGUUGGAUGGCAGGAGUGAACACGAGAUGGAGAAGGAUACACAGCCAGCACCCAAGCGUCAAGCACGGCAGCUCACUGAGGAGGACCUGCCUGUCAAUGACUAUUCAGAGAACGGGCUGGAGUUCCACCCCUUGUGGGAUGAGCGAGGGUAUUGCUGUGCCCAGUGCCGCCGCGCCAACCGCUACUGCCGGCGGGUCUGCGAGCCCCUCCUCGGCUACUACCCCUACCCCUACUGCUACCAGGGCGGGAGGGUCAUCUGCCGGAUCAUCAUGCCCUGCAACUGGUGGAUCGCGCGGAUGCUGGGCAGGGUGUAG